AUGGACGCGCCGUCCGAUAUGCAAGACAUUCCUGACCUCGCUCUGAAUAUGCAAUUGAUUCCCCCUGCCGAAGGGACUUAUCCUGACAGAGAAACCCUUCUUACCGCAGUACAGGCCCACGCGAAAUUACACGGAUACAAUGUGGUUGUUAAAUCAUCCAGUACCCCCACAGAGAAGAAACCCGGCCGUACUGCCAAAAUCUGGCUGCGCUGUGAUCGUGGAGGACAGUAUCGACCCCGUAAUGGGCUGACCGAGGAAACUCGCAAGCGUCGACGUACAUCAAGAUUGGUAGAUUGUCCCUUUAUGCUCCAGGCAGUAGGUUCUCCAGGUAUUUGGACCUUGAGCGUCCUGAAUGCAACUCACAACCAUGGUCCCGUUGUUGAAAAGCCUCGAUCAAGUCAGCACAAAGUCCGAAAGGGUCAAAUCCCAGCUGCUCCUUAUGAUUGGCCUCAUGACGCAACUUUCAGUCCUUUCACAACUGCUUUGGUGAUAAUUGAUAUGCAGAAAGACUUUUGUGCCCCGGGUGGAUAUAUGCACUACCAGGGUUACGACAUUUCUGCUGCGCAGGCGCUUAUUCCGAAGAUACAGCAAUUGCUGCAAGUUUUUCGCGCAGGGGGCUUUCCUAUCUACCAUACCCGUGAAGGUAAUAUACAUACUUUUCCAUGUAUUGGACUUGAACAAUCUAUUAACCUUAUCUUAGGCCACCGACCAGACUUGUCGACCCUCUCUAGCCGGGAGUCAUUUCGCUCGCGCAACAACGCCAACGGCCUGGGCAUUGGCUCGCAGGGGCCAUUGGGUCGUUUGCUAAUUCGUGGAGAGUUGGGCCAUGAUACCAUUGAUGAGCUCUACCCCAUUCUUGGGGAGCCAGUCAUAGAUAAACCCGGCCGCGGUGCCUUCGCACACACCGAGUUUGAACUCAUCCUCCGUAAUAAAGGCAUGAAGAAUCUUGUCCUUGUCGGCGUGACCACCGAUGUAUGUGUCUCUACAACCAUGCGUGAAGCCAAUGAUCGUGGCUUCGAUUGCGUUGUCUUGGAAGAUGGCACGGCUGCUAGCGAGCAAUCUCUCCGUGACAGCACAAUUUCAUCCAUCAAGAUGGAGGGUGGCAUCUUUGGCGCCGUCUCAAAGAUCCAAGAUGUGAUCAUUGCUGUGGACGCUUGCAAGUCGAAGAAGCAUGCGCCCCAGCAUGCGCCUUAG